UCUUUCUCUCUCUCUCUCUCUCUCUCUCUCUCUCGGUGUUUUGGACUCCUUUUUGAAGAUUUGGCCAUCGAAGACACCACAAAAUGGAGAUGUUGAUACUGUUGGUUGCAGUCUUCUGUGCGCUCUGGGGUCCCUCCGCUACUUUAAUCGAGGACGAAGUUUGUUAUGGCAAUAACUUUCAAUUUCCCAGGCACCUUCAACCAAAUAUUCAACAAGGGCUGUAUUUUACCCCAAGAAAUGGAGGCACGAGGAAAACACUGAUGGAAAACGGGAAGGUAAUGGAGCCAAGACUGAAAGUUGGCAGUUAUACCACCAGCCUUACAGAUUUAACCAAAAAGGAUGAAGGAAUUUAUGCAGUGAUAUAUGGCAGAACAAUUUUUAAUGAGUUGCAAUUGAAAAUAAAAGAUUGUGCUGAAAAGAUCAUCAAGGAUUACAUGGAUGAAUGGUCUUAUUGGGUACCUAGCGAGACUCACUAUGUGGAAUACACUUCACCUCACAACGAAGAGGAGACAGUAAUCCUGUGGAAUUUAACCAACCCUCUGAGUAAGCAAACAAGAGGAGAUGUCAAGGACAACUACUGGACAAUCUCUGGUGUCACUCAGGCAGACAACGGCUACUAUAACUUCAGAAAAAGAGAAGCCACUCUUCGUCGAAGGGUACUUCUCACCGUGAAAGAGAACACUCGUUCCUACGAUCCAGAAGUGAACGAGGAUCUUCUUAUUAUGAAACCACGGACUGGAGGACCCUGGACCAUGACGUUCAAAAAAGAUUUAGAAACAAGUGAACAAGUAACAAUAAUAAAAUAUGGCGAUUUGGUCAGGGAUUUUAACAGGUUCUCUGGGAGAAUUAGUAUUCAAAGUGAUGGCAUUAAAAUAAGAUCUGUAGAAGCUACGGAUUCUGGUAUUUAUGAGUUCAGAGACCCACAAGGCAAUCUGGCGUUAUCUGCCCAUGUGCACAUCGACGACCAUGUCUCGCAUCCCCUGGUCACAUAUGUUGUUGUUGCUGUUGUUGCUAUCGUUUUGGGGAUGUGCUGUUGUUUCUGUUGCACAAGGAAAUGUUGCUGUAAGAAGAACAAAUCUGCAGCUACAGAAGGAUCUGCUGUUACUUAUCAUGACAAGUCUAGGUCAGCCGCCCCACCACCUGCCGUGUAUUAUCAUGGUACAAGUCAGCCAACAGGACCAAGUUACCCAAUUCAAACAUCUUCAGGUUACCCUCCUCAUCCAGCAAACCCUCCAGCCUACACACAAGCUGUUGUUUCCAUUGAACAACCGCCUUUGCAGCCUAACACCGCUGUGUACCCCCCUCAGCCUGCCAGUGUCUAUCCUCUACAACCAGCCAGUGUAAACCCACCACAGCCUGAACCUAGUCUAUAUUCUCCUCUUUCUGAGUUUGGACCUCCAGCGUCUCAGGGAUCUGCAGCAGCUCCCACGUUCAGCUCAGACGCGUUCUCCACUGAUGCCGAGCCGAGAUUUCAGCCAAAAGGAUUGGCUUUUCCCUCAGCUCCCCCUCUCAGUUCAGACACGCCGACCUGUGAUGUCUACAACUCGGAUAAGCUGAACUUUUUGUGAACACCCUUCUGAACGCUGUGUUGACGGAGCUGUUUCAGCCUAUACUGGACUUUUCAUGCUUUAUGUCUCCAGAGGCCUUCUAAGAAUCCAGGGACCACGCUGCCUAUAAUAAAAAGACACAAAUCACACAUAAUCAGGUAUAAGCAGGAAUUUGGUACAAUCGCAGCCCACCACCAAGGCUCAGUUACAUUUUAUCAAGACUGAGACAAACCACUAUUGGUCCAGACCAGCAGUGGAGUUUACAUUGAAGCAAAUAAAAAUGUUUCAUAUACAUUUUAGAAAGAUGUCAUAUGGAAUAAUCCUCAUAUAUAGAUUUAACAAAGUUUAAGAUGGGUUAAGGAGCUUCAUUGUGUCAAGUAGUUCAAUAAAAUUAAGCAGAAAAAGACAGCAGCUAAAAAAACAAUGAGAAAAUUUUUCCAAAUUUAGUAGUUUAAGCAUUUAACCUCUAUAAUUUCAAGAUUGCAUGUUACAUCUGCAAUAGAUGGUGCCACCAAGACUGCGUCAAGAACCCACCAGUUGAUCCAGAAUUUUCUCGUGUUUUGUUUUCGCAUUUAGUUUUUGCAUUUGAAAGCUAAAAGUUAGCAUUCUGAUCAAAGUGUAGUCAGAUUUUAGUAAAAAGAUUUGUGCUUUCUUCCUAUGUGUUACGUGACGAAUGUAUGAGAUCACACAAUCCGCUUAAGCAGGAUGGGGAAGGUAAAUGUCGGCACCCUCCGUUUCUCUCUCGUCAGAAAAUGGAUGUCGUGCAAUCUUACAGCACGGCAUGCAUUCUGAUGUCACCCACAGAUGGCACCAGAUUCUGUUUACGUGUCGUUAUUUUUAGUAGAGAUCUCAUCAGGCAAGUCCAAAGAAUAAAAAAAUAAAUAAAAUAUGUAUCAACUCUAUAUCAUCUGUAAACUGUUUCAAGUGCAAAUCCGAUUCACUGCGAACACAAUGACUCACUACAAUUACGGUAGCCAGUAGACAAAGCAUCAUAAAUCAGUUUGUGUGCUGGAACAACGCAAGCAGAGAAAAUGUCAAACAUGGAGCUUUUUACAUUAGAUUAGAAAAGAUCUGCUAGCACUGGAUGUCAUCUGGAUAAGAACAGGACUCUCAGGAAAAGAAGGUUGUAAAUCGCUAAUAUAAUUGAUGCAUGAGCUAUGAAAUAGUUUAGGUAUACAGGUAUAUUAAUGUUUAUAUAUGCACUGAUUAAUGUAAUGAGAUUGUAUUGAAUUUAUACUUUUAAAUUGUGUUUUCUCAGGUAAAAAGCAUUUUGUUUAAACUGCCAUAUUAACAGUCGUAUGAAUGCAUCUCAAAGAAUAUUUAAAAGAAAUCACUAUAUCAGAAAUGCUUUCAAAGGAGGGUAGGUGUAGAUUUUCACCCUUGUUACAGUUUUACUAUUUAUUUUUUGCUGUAGACACCACUUUCUCUGAGACUUUUUGAUGUUAGGAUUGAUUGGUGCUGUUUCUUUUUAUUUUAUUUUAUUUUUUACCAUACUCUGAUUUUUUUUUGUACAACAUUGGUAUGUAAUUCGUGUCUGUACAUUAUUGUUCUUUGAAAGUUGUUGUUACAUUAAAGGACUUAAUUUUCACUUUCAA